UCUGGGAGAAGUAAAAGAUGCGCAAGAGGACCACCUCCAGCCUAGUGUACUAGUAGUAAUCGCAUGACAAAUUCAUCCCUCAGCAUGAAAAAUGAAAUUUGUAAUGUUGCGGAUUUACCUUUAGGAAAUGCGAUUACGACGAGCACGAUGCUUUUGCACAGGAUAGGUCGGAGAUGAAAUCAGCCUUAACUUUGAUUCAUCUUCUACCCCCCUCGAACACACCAGAAACGGCGAGCUCCGCGACUCUUGCGUCUUGCUUGCCGCAUUUUCGGAGCGGGCGGAAUACGUUCUCGGGAGGCGCGUGCAGGACCACUGUCGCAACGGGUUCUUCGAUUUGAGCGUAGGGGAGUACUGGUUUGGCUUUGUGAUGAACAGAACGCAAAACAAAAAUCACGCUGAGACUACAACAACUAAAGAAGAGUCGACGUCGCACCCACUCCGUCGUCAGGCCGGAGUCAACCCUUUGGCUCUGUUCCAGUUUGAAGUGGAAAAUUUGCGGCGGCAACUGACUGAGGCCGUGCAGUAUGCGGAACAGGUAGUGGAUACAGUCUACACGAACUACGUGAAGAGUACAAGGCCUACGACCGGCGUUGAUGGUCGCAAUGAAGCAGCAGAGAACAACUUCUGGGCCAAUAUUCAUCUCGAAGAUGCGGACCACCGCGGUCCAGAGCAGCAGCCUAACGCCUCUCAAAAGAAAAUCCAGGAAGAUCAAACCUCCGUCAGAACCCCUCCAGAACCGCACCGGCAGCUGCUGGGGCAUGUGUACGCAAGCAACAACCAGGAAAUUAAGCCGGUGUAUUACCACCCUCUGGAGCAGGAGGUCGCGCAGCAGGAGGGGGCUUCUGCAUCUGUUGCAGAUGAAUCUCCUACUACUUCCCGGCGGCACGACAGCGAUGCAGACGUCGCUACUCCCGCUGAUAAGAGUUCAGCAACAGAAAUUCCUCCCGCCGCGGCCUCAACCACCGACGUUUCGCACUACUUCUUUCUCCGUCCCUACGUUGGUUCGACGGUCACGAAAUGGAAUAUCAAAUGUAAAAAUGUCUGGGUCUGGAAGAUUGCCACGUUUGUCAUGCACAUUUUGCAUGACUCCUGAUGUCUGUGAUGCAUGCCCUAGCAUCACAGAUUUUGCGAGGGCUUCCUGAUGCCUAUACCGCA